AAAAAACUCGUGUAUUAUUUAGAUGUACUUGAGUACCCGAUCCCGAUCAUGAUGAAUCAUUGCCGCCAUCCCAUCCGUACUAGUCAUCUUGAGGUGACAUGGUAGAUCAAAAAGGAAAUGCGAACAAAGAGCAAGUGAGUAGUCGGAAUACAUCCUCAAGAACUCUUUCUCUCUCUCUUUCGGGGACACACGCUCAAUGACUCGUUGCGUGAAUAAUUAUUCAUCGUUCGUGAAUCUGAAAGGUGUACACUAUCAAUGAAUCCAUCUUCCGCUGCACAGACCAUUUCCUUGAAGAACUCUGGAAUCAAUAUUUAUUGACAGUAACAACUGAAAGUUCCGAAGGAGAAAACCUAGGGUUUUUUGCAAGUAGUUGUCCCAGUAAGAUAUAUGGUUUAAAGUAUUUCUAACUGCUGCAAGUUCUACUUCAUUAUCACAUUGCGCAACUAGCGACCAAGUACAACACUUACUUAUCUUUCUACCGAACUGCAUCGCAAGCGACCCAAACAAGUGAAACCAAGUCAUGACGGACGACUGGGAGGAUGAUGAUUUCGAAAAGCCCGUGAAGGCGGAGGGCGCCAGCGACGACGUAUCAAAUGUAAAAAUGUCUGGGUCUGGAAGAGUCAUGCUGUUUUUGCAUGACGCACAAGGUCUGGCAUGGAAGCUCUAGCGUCACAGGUUUCGCGAAGCUUCCGCAAUGCCUAAUCCGCAUGACAGAUCCCCCAUUUUGGUGACAGAAAGUGGGCUACUUUUGCUACCUAUGCAUGAGAGAUUUUUCUGUGUUUUGAAAUGCGCAUCACAAGUUGCAUUCUUCCAGACCCAGACAUUUUUACAUUUGGUACGACGAUGAUUGGGACAAAUCGGAAGACGAAGAUGCAUAUCAAAUGCAAAAAUGUCUGGGUCUGGAAGAGUCAAACUUGUGAUGCUGCAUUUGGAUGCUAAAAAAACCUGUAUUGCAUGACCAGCAAGAGGAUUCAAAUUUGGCUACGCGGAGGGGGCAUUUGUCAUGCUGGAUGCGCAUAGAUAAGCGCUCAAAAAAUCUGUGAUGCUAUGGCAUACAUCACAGACAUCAUGGAUCAUGGAAAAUGUGCAUGACAAAGCUGUGCUCUUCCAGACCCAGACAUUUUUGCAUUUGAUAAUGCACCGAAAAAGGCGAAUUGGGACGACGAUGACGAGGACGAUUGGGACAAGGAUACCACAAAACCUGUGGAAGAGCCCGUCGCAAAACCGGCACCCGCUCCGAAGGGGCCCGCCGCGAAGUCAAAAGAGAAAGCCGAGGUAUACAUAGUCAUUUUGCAAGAAAGGUUUCCGUUUGGUCGCAUUUAGUAGGUGAAUAUGAAAAUGCGUUUACUACAGCUGUGAGCUCCGUGUAAUUUCUUGCGUGCAAGUCGGAAUGGAUAUGAUUCAGAUUCUCUCGCGGAACAAACAAAAAGAUCAACUUUGUACUACACGCAAAGAACACAAGAAACUCUCAAUCAGAUUUACGUCCCACUAGACGACCCUAUUGCGGAGAAGGCACGGCUACGGCGGCUCCAAGAGGCGGCAGACGCGGUAUGCAUUGCAAAAGUGUCUGGGUCUGGAAGGAUGCAACUUGUCAUGCUAAGUCUGGAUAGUGCAAUAUUUGUAUUGCAUGAUUACCAAAAGGUGUCCACGUUUGAACAAGUUUAGCGGUAGUUUGUCAUGCAGGAUAGACAUGCUAGAGACUUCGCAGAACCUGUUAUGCUAGCUCCUGCAUUGCAGACCUCAUGGGGCAUGGAAAAUAUGCAUGACAGGGUUGUAUGUAGUGAGGUCACCGAACGGUUCUAACCAGGGAGGUUUUUUGACAUAUACCCUGAAAAACGACCGGCAGUUUUCAAGCGUCCGAAAGCGUUUUUUGACAUAAAAAAUUUCCAAUUAUUAAGCUGGCGGGGCUUUGAAGUCAAACAAGCCCGGUCGAAAACUACCGAUUCGCACUUGAUAAAACGACCCAGGGGAACCGGCAAAAGGGGCGCCCUUCUGACGCGCCCACCGCCUUGGUUUCUGGCGGUUUGGGCCGCCCAAAAAGUGGCGCGCAAAAAACUCGCCCAAAAUCAGAACAGCGAAACAGCUUGGCACGGCCGCGAUUUCGGAGCAUUUUGGGCGGCCGCGAAAGCGGCCGCCUUUUCGCCGGUUCCAGAGCCUGGGAAGCUUCGCAAAAAGCGCCGGAGGGAAAGAUAAAAACGCGAAAAAGAAAAAGCGCCCCGGACGCGCAAAGCCAAUCCGCAUGCUAUGGGCCCGAUUUUUCUUCGCUUUUUGGGCGCCCCCCGUGGCGCCCGGAUCGGCUCCAUAGCAUGGGGGCUGGCUUUCGGAAAGGAAUUUCGGAGAUUUGCCAAAAGCUGCGACGUUUAUCGAGCGGCCGCAACACCGUGCGGCCUAACGUUACUCACGGCGGUAUGGCGAGCCCAGAAAAAGCAAGGCCGCGGCCAAGGCGAUGGCCGGCAAGAAAACGCCCACGACCUCACUACCUCCGCCCCGGCGGCUAUAUUUGGUAUUCUUCCAGACCCAGACAUAUUUGCAGUUCAUACGCGGCCCUGGCGGACGAUUUGUUCGCGGAGUUCACGAGGAAGGACUCGUCCCCGUCGAAGGCUGUGACGAGCGGCACCACCGCCGCGGCGUCGUCCAGUUCCCCCGCGAAAAAGCAGAAGCAGGCCGAGAAACAGGUGGUCAAGGACGAAUGGGACGACUUUACGCUGGACACCGCCGACAAGGUGGUGGAGGUAAUGGCCAAGAUCCAGGGCAAGGUAGAGGAGGUGGAGAAGAAGGCAUACAUGAAAGGAUGCAUCAACAAUCUACUGACCAAGCUGCUCGUCUGUGUCGCGGACAAAAUCUCCCUCAGGGAAGCACAGGAUCUAGAGAAGAAAGUGAAGGAAAUUAUCCGCGUCAGGGUACUCUUUUAUUGGUGUAUUUUUUCAUCAACAAUGAAGCAUUUUCCGCGGCCCUUGGUGAAUACAUAAUCAACUUCUGUUUGGUUUGUAAAAUUUCUGAUUCUCUUUGUUGCGACAAUAUCUAAACUUUCUUUUAGAUGGCGUUUCUGAAAAAAACAACAAACUUGACGACGAAAACAGAAAGUGGAGCAGCAGACGGCACAAGCAGCGAAGACAAAAAUAAAUGCAGUGAAUAAGAACACGAAGUUCGAUGUGGCCGGCGCGCUUGACGAGCGAUACGGCUAUGACGACGAAGACUGGUACAUGGCAUAAUCAGAUAAUCACUUCAAAGAACCCAAUUUGGUUAUUCACUAUUGUGUUUUGUUGCUUCUACUGUUUCAAUUCACGAUUGAUCAUGCAUUCUCAGCAAUCUACUGCGUCUGCUAACUUGCAAUUACAAAUCAACAGGGACGAAGAUGAGGAGUGGGAGGGCGAAGGAGGCUACUACGACGAAAGCGGCGCCUGGGUCGAAGGGUACUACAAGGAAGACGGAACCUGGGUUACCACGAAAACCACGCCGGCGGCCUAGGGGGUGCAGCGUCAUGUACUUGUAUCAUCUUCCGCGUUUAUUUGAAGCUGCGCGUCGACGGACGGGCUCCUUUGUAAGACGAUGACGUCGAAACGGAAACCUUUGACAAACUCCUUGCGCUCCCAUGAAUACUUCGGUCUCAUCUCGACACGACCUCGGAUUGUGCCUUUCACGACCACCUGUCGUCGCCUUUACUGACCUUUAUUCCGAGGAAGGAGGGAGUUUCCACGGAUGUGAUUUGGUGGUGAAAAGCGUUCAGCAUCCGCAUCACACGAUACAUCUGAUCAUAUUCUUGACCUUCCUUUUUCUGGAAUCGCUCGGGCGGUUGACUUUGAUGUUGAACUACCCCUGGAUGGUAUUUUUAAAGCUGGUAGCACCCCCCCCAUGAAGAAUAUCUAAAAACCUCUUCGCCCCCGAAGUAGUUUCGAUUUCGCUCCUACGAAGCGCAGGUUUAAACUGCGUAAAUUUGGAAGCAUUUGCGCUUCGAGUCUCAGUGGCAUACCUCUCCAUCUCGCUGACGAGAUCGAGUCAGUUACAUUUAGAAAACGCUGUAUGCAGCUCUUCGCAUUUUCAUUUUCCGUCCUGGCAGGAUGUUUGUUCCGCUUAAAAGACAUGAUGACAGGUAGUUUUGCUGUUUUGAAACGUCCGUGCAACGUCGU